AUGGACCACCCCCCCGAGUGCCGGCAGGAGACCCCAGCCCUCACAGAGGCAGCUGCCGAGUUCCUGAGCCUCAUCGGGCCGGAGGAGCUGGAGCGCUGCCUGUUCGCCGAGACGCUGGAGGUGGUGCCGGCGGGGGACCAGCCGAGGGACCCGGCGGGGGGGCAGUGGUGGGCGGCAGCCCGGUGGGCAGCCUACGAGCGGGCGGGCGAACCGGUGCGGAGCUGCCUCCUGGUGCAAGCCGGCUCCCGUGGCAGGCAGGAUGGCGUGGCCGGCUCCAGCACCCUCAAAGCCUACGUGACCCCGCAGCUGGAGACCCUGGAGCAGGAGGAGCAGGAGCGCCUGGAGCUCAGAGCACACCCUGUCGAGAGGAGGACCCACAUGGUGAGCCACCAGCAUGGGAUGACUGUCACCAAGAUCCUCCGGGAGGGACAGGCAGAGCCGCAGUGCCAGAGCUUCUCCUACAGUCGGGCCAAGCUGCGGGGGCUGCUGCUGGAGGGUGCCAGCCUCCUGCUGCUGCGGGUGCUGGCGUGCCAGCAGGCAGUACCCCCAGGCCUCAUCUUCCCGGCCAUCGACACGGAGGGCCACCUCUGCACCUCCAGCUACCACUCCCUGGGCAUCCAGCGGCAGGCAGUGGGCUCAAUGGAGGCAGAGGUGUUUGUGAUCGAGCGAGCCGUGCAUGCCAGCACGGGCAUCUCCACCGUCUGGCACAGCAGCUUCCUCCCAAGCGGGCGUUUGGCCCAGCAGGUGCAGGUCGGCUGCCCGAUGCUGGUGCUUCUGCAGGAUGAGUCUGCCCUCGCUGAGACAGGUGGGGUCGACCCCCGGCCCCUCUUUCCCAAACAGCCCCUGGACUGGGAGGAGGACAUCCAGCUCUGCUCCUGGUUCCUGGACAGGAAGGAGGAGCUGCAAGCGUCCCACGCCGCCUACAUCCAGCAGCACCCUGAGCUCCGGGCGCUGCUGGCUGACUUCCUCCAAGCCCUGCUCCUGCGGCAGCCUGGCGACCCCGUCGCCUUCGCUGCCCAAUUCUUUGCACCCUUCGACCGCCAGCGCCCCCCCGGGACCCCCUUUGCCGCCACCGGGGCUGCCAGACCCCUCCCCAGCCCCACACCUCACCACCCUCUGGCUAACAGGGAAUAA